AGAAGACGGGGAGUGUAGCGACCCGAACCUUCCUGAUGUUUGUCACUUUUUUAGACAUUUUAUAAUGUAUUUUUUAAGCGGAAACCUAAGGGAAGCCUCAGGUCGAAUGAAGAUAAAAGUAUUAAUUUACUGAGAGACAAUUUUUAGCUGCUUCAUCUGAAGAGAAACAGAUUUGAAUCAUGGAUAAAGAUAAAUAUGGAGCCUCAAAAGUGAACGUGUUUCUUGUUUUGACUUACGGCAUUUUGGUAUUUGUUUUGCUGUUCAUCUUUAUAAAAAGACAAAUUAUGCACUUUGCCAUUAAGUCUCGAAGAGGACCACAUGUUCCCAUUGGCCACAAUGCUCCAAAGGAGCUGAAACAAGUAAUUGAAGCCAAAUUGUGCGAGGUCCAGAAAAUCCACUAUGAGCCCCGUCUGUUGUCCCCAGCGGAUGACCGACUAACACAGAGACGACAGUCUGGUCAGAGUGUACAGAGCCUGCACAUAAGCACUGCAACCAUCAGGAAUCAUACCACUGAUAGAAAUGUGUUUUGUGUGUUUAUGUUUAUAGGUUCUGAUGACUAUCUGUACAGGAUGAAAGCACUUGAUGCUGUCCGGGACACUGAUUUUCCUUUCCGUGAACUGGGUGGGACACCCAGCGCUGUGACGGGAAAAAGAUUUCGGACCUGGCUGCUGCAGCUGCAAAAUUCCCACAGCAUGUUUAGAGACAAGCAGAGCUCUCUGAUAGACACAGUGUUAGAUGGUUACAACAAAGCACGCCAUGGGGCCGAGGCUUUUGGAGAAGCAGAGUUCAUCAAGUACCAGGAAGCUCUAACUGAGCUAGCUGCUAUCGUGAAGUCUCGCGGCAGCACACUGAGCCACCACCACCAGACUGCAGCCAGAGACCUUACCGGCACCACCGAGCCCAGCAGCCCUUCCUCCUGCUCCUCGUCCCCCACCCAAACCACCUACCUCACAUCUGCAGCGCAGCAGCGCAGUAAGAGGCCCAGGAACUUCCUGGAGCUGAAGAACUUCAAAGAUAACUACAACACGCUAGACAGCACGCUCUGAAAUAAUUAUGGAUGUGUCCAGAGGAAAAAAGUUUUAAGUCAUUUACUACUGCCUGUAAUCCCAGUGCCUCGCUCACUGUCACCUGACAGUAUGUGAUUAAACACACUGCCUUCUUAUUAUGACUUGCACUGCAGAACACUGCACAUCAGACUACUGAUUCAAACACUGCUAUUUGUCUACGUGUGGCACCGUCCUAUUACUGCAUGUAUACUGUAAGUGCUAUAAUGUAACAAAGUAAACAGGGUUGACUUGACCAAAACAAAGAAACUUAUCAUGCUUAUGCAACAGCAUAGGACAAUCAGUAUUUAUUGCACAAUGUAGUCACCUAUGCAGAUAUGUUCAAAUUAACCUCCUAAGUGUAUAAAAUAGUUAAUAGCUAUGAAAUAAACUACUGUAUGUGCAUUUUUCUAUCAUGAAAGAAAACACUGUUUAUGCCAGUAAUUUUUAUGUUUAUGUAUGUUUCUAUGUUGUUCCUUUGAGCCAUAUAUAUAUAUAUUUUACUUCCUUUAAGCCUUUUCUUACAAAAGCCAUAUAAUUCAGGAACUGUAUUGAUUAAGUGCCUCUUUUUUGAUCAAUUAUCUUAAUUGAACAGCAUUUUAAUGUUUUAAUAUGUGUUGGGGUUGAGGUAUGACUUCAGGGGAAGACCGUUGACUGUUUAGUCUUACAAAUUAGCCUGCUGAUAUGAGAAGCAUCUAUUUUUUAAUUGUUUGACUUGUCUAACUUUGAGUACUUUUUAUUUCCUGUGGUGCUUAUGAAUACAUGCUGCCAUGCAAAAAGCAGCCAAUCCUGUCAAGUUGCAAAAUAUGCUUAACGUAAUAAACUGUAAAUUCUCAACUGAAA